AUGUCUUCUGAGAUACAGGCCCUUAAGCAGAAUGAUACUUGGGACAUUGUUUCUCUUCCUCCUGGAAAACAACCCAUCGGAUGUAAAUGGGUUUACCGAAUCAAAUAUAACUCUGAUGGCACCAUUGAGCGCUACAAGGCUCGGCUCGUUGCAAAGGGUUAUACUCAAACAGAGGGCAUCGAUUGCCAUGACACCUUUGCACCCGUUGCUAAAAUGGUAACUGUUCGCACUUUAUUAGCUCUUGCUUCAAUUCGUCAUUGGCCUCUCUACCAAUUAGAUGUGAACAACGCUUUUCUACAUGGUGACCUUGAUGAAGAGGUCUACAUGCGGUUUCCACCGGGUUUUCAUACUAAGGGGGAGAAUUUCGUCUGUCGUCUUAAGAAAUCACUUUAUGGUCUUAAACAGGCAUCAAGGCAAUGGUUUGCUAAAUUCUCUUCUGCACUGCUUGAUGUUGGUUUUCAACAGUCCAAGGCGGACUACUCACUUUUUACAUUGGUUCGUGGCUCUCUCUUGACCAUUGUCCUUGUUUAUGUUGAAGAUUUGGUGAUCACGGAUGAUGAUGAAGUUAUGAUUCAACUUCUCAAGCGAUUUCUUGACACACAAUUUCGCAUUAAGGAUUUGGGUACUCUCAAAUACUUCUUGGGCAUUGAAGUUUCUCGUUCCAAGUCCGGGAUUUUCUUGUCACAAAGGAAAUACGCUCUUGAUAUUUUGUCUGAUGUUGGUCUUCUUGGAGGACGUCCCGUUGAUACUUCGAUGGAACCUAAUAUACAAUUUUCGGACUCCUCCCCAGCUCUUAAGGAUCCAGAGCUUCGAUAUUGCCACUUGCUUCUUUGUAUUGCUCUCGCACUAUGCUUUCACCAAGUCUCCUCCAACAGCAAUGAAACAGACAGGCUCGUUCUAUCCGCAUUUAAGGCCGGCAUAACUGGAGAUCCUUUUGGCGUGCUCAACUCAUGGAACAGCAGCAUUGGGUUUUGCCAGUGGUAUGGCGUUACGUGCGGUCGCAGACAGCGAAGGGUAACGGUCCUGGACUUGUCAUCACGAGGACUGUUAGGAUCAAUCUCUCCUCAUAUUGGAAAUCUCAGCUUCUUAAGGGAAAUAUGGCUCCAAAACAACAGUCUUGGUCAAGAUAUUCCUCCGCAAGUCGGCCAGCUGCGCCGCCUUCGUGCCUUUCGACUAGACAACAAUUCGUUGGUCGGUGAAAUUCCGAAGAAUAUAUCAGGUUGCAUAGACCUGGUCGCCCUUAGUCUUGAGAACAACAAACUAACAGGAGAAAUUCCUGGGGAGCUCACUUCACUGCUGAAGCUACAGAAGUUGGAUUUGGUGGCGAAUAAUCUGACCGGGAGUGUGCCUUCCUCCAUUGGGAACUUAUCUUCACUGAAGUUCCUUCUUUUAGCCUCGAACAACCUAGGUGGGAGCAUUCUCCAAGUUCUAGGCCGCCUGACAAACUUGCAAAUAAUUGCAUUUGCAACAAACAGAUUAGCAGGUGUAAUUCCAUCUUCCUUAUUCAAUCUCUCUUCGCUAAUUGUGUUUGAUGCUGUAUACAACAGGAUACUGGGGACACUUCACGCAGGUGUUAUCCCCUCAAAUUUGGGGAAUCUACACAAUCUAGCGAAGUUGCAGUUAAGCUAUAGCAACCUCAGAGGGACUAUCCCAUCUUCUUUGGGAAAUCUAACGAAGCUGUUUCACAUAGAUCUUAGUGGGAACAACUUUCAUGGGCAAAAUCCCUCACACCUAUCAAACUGCUGGGCUCUUGAUAUGCUUGAUUUGUCCAGUAAUAAUCUCAGUGGUGCCAUACCCCUGCAGCUUAUAGGUCUCUCAUCAUUAGUGAUCAUUCUAAACUUGUCUCAUAACCAUCUAACUGGGAUUCUACCCACUGAAUUUGGCAACUUGAGAGCUUUAACUGCGUUGGAUAUCUCGGACAAUUUGUUGGUAGGUGAAAUCCCCAAUAGUUUAGGGGAUUGCACUGGAUUGAUAUCAUUGAGGAUGGGAGGCAACUUCUUCCAUGGGUCCAUUCCUCAAUCAAUCAGAUCGUUAGGCGGCAUUGAAGAACUAGAUCUUUCAUGCAACAAUUUAUCUGGUCAGAUUCCAGAAUUCUUAUCGAUAUUUCAUUUCUUGAAACUUUUGAAUUUAUCAUACAAUAAGUUUGAUGGCAUGCUACCACGUGAAGGAGUCUUUAGUAGUGCUACUGAUAUUUCUAUUAUUGGGUACGAUGGGCUUUGA